UCGGUGUUCAGCACCCUCUACCUGAACCUGUGCUGCCUGGGCUUCCUGGCGCUGGCCUACUCCAUCAAGGCCCGGGACCAGAAGGUGGCUGGGGACCUGGAGGAGGCCCGGCGUUUGGGCUCCAAAGCCAAGUGCUACAACAUCCUGGCUGCCAUGUGGGCAUUGGUGCCGCCCCUCCUGCUGCUGGCGCUGGUGGUGACGGGCGCCCUGCAUCUGUCCCGGCUGGCCAAGGACUCUGCCGCCUUCUUCAGCACCAAGUUCGACGAUGCGGACUAUGACUGAGAGGCUGGUCCCGACCCCGUCCUACCCGGGGACCCCGAGCCCAGGACACCAGCCCCCCGGAGUGCUGCCCAGGGCUCCACCCGGAUCUGCGGGAACCCCGGCUCUGUGGCAGGGCCCGCCGCCCACCCCCAGCCUCAGGCUGGGCACCCGAUGCCAGCCCCGAGGAUCCCCCUUUCGGAUUCCAGAGGCCUCCCCUAACCUCGAUGGUCCCUGGUCCCCACUCCCCACUUACCAGGCUCAGCCUAGGUCCCACAAUUAAAAGUGCCUGGUCCCAGAAAGUGCCUCCUGGGCCUCUUUCUUGGCUGGGUAGGGAGGGUGUCUUCCUGAGGGGAGCUACCUAGGGACGUCCACAGCCAGGGCCUCCAGAUCGACCCCAGCACUGAUGGUGGGACCCUGUUCUGAACGGUCUUCUUUGGGCGGUGCUCUGGCUGUCCCCAGCAUGGAGGCGCCUGAGUAUUUUAGAAACAAGUUUGAGAACUCAGGCUUUGAUCCCUGCUGGGCCCUGUGGUUUAGUGGUGUGUCUCCAGGAUGCGUGGCGUCUCCGGACUCCACGUGUGCCUGUCCCCAAGCCUGUGUGUGCACACGCGUCUGCAUGCAAGGUAGGGGGGAGUCCCUGGCCGGUGAGGUCUUGUCCCGCACGUUCCUGUCUGUGGCUCAGGUGUGUGUCGACUGCCUUCCUUAGGUCACCCUGUUGGUCCCCUGACCCCGAACCCUUUUAAUCCUGAGAAAUCGCAGUCCCUGCAGUGGGUUAGCAGGGCUGGACCCAAAGACACACGAGCACACGGGCUUGGAGAGCCAUCACCCAUGCACGUGCACAUCGCACACUCAUACGGGAGCACGAACCCCACCCAGGCAGUUGAGCGGGGCUGGGGGAUGAGGGUCUUUCUGAGCAGCCUUGGUGCUAGAUGCGAAUCUCUAUUCUCACCUCCCUGAACCAGCAGCCUGGCAGAGGCAGGAGCUGCUGAACACAUGUGCACACCCUGUGUGGCUUGGGGCGAGGUCCCCUUGGCUUUGCUGUGGCCAGGCCAAUGACAGGGCAGGCUAAUUGCAGGGGCCUUAAACACAGGGCGGCUCGGUGUUUUGAGCACUCCACCCAGGGUCCCGUCUGUCCCCAGGGAGCCCCCUUCGCCUGGCCUCUCUGCCUGCGCUGGGGAUGGAAGUCUCUGUUUAACUGCUGUACUUAGAGCCCCCAAAGUACCCUCCCCGACAGCUGGCUCGGCCAUCUCCAUUGCGUGCCAGCGGAGAUGGUGUCUUGGCCACCGGCCCCACGCUGAGGAGUGUCUGCCGCUCCCAGCCGGCCCCUGGAGGCAGAGGCAUGUGCCGGCUGGGGCCUGGGGAUGGGGACAGGGCACUGGCGCAAGCUGGGUGCUGGUCCCACGUUGGACCAAAGACAAGGGCAGAGUGCCAGGGCUGGGACCAGGGCGGAGGACACAUGCCAACCCUGAGCUCCAGGCUUGGCCUGAAAGGGACCAAUCCACGCUGAGUAUGGAGGCCUGUGUGUGUUUGACUGCGUGACCCCAAGCAGGGGACGGCCUGCCGGUCGUGACGGAGCAAAGAUGACUAGCCCGGUGCCGGGGACAGAGCGUGCAGUCCAGCCAGGCGGCAGGAAGGUCACCAGCAGCCCUCCCUGGCUCUGGCUGUGUCUUCUGGACAGGCUGAGGGGCCUCGAUCGAGUUGAAGCAAUUGGCUACUGGGGCCUCUGACCAGCCACGCCAGCGCACACACGCUGCCACUGGCCAGUCUCCUCAGAGGGCCCCCCUGCCACAUGCACAGGUGGCUGCGCACACACGUGGUACACAGUGCAGCCGAUAUCAUGCGGCGUCAGUCCUGCAGGUGCAAGACCCCUCCCGCCUGAGCUGUGUCCCCACCUGCUGGGCCUCUGCUGCAUGGCCAGUUGAGGAGGGAGAGCCUGUGGGCACCUGGACGAGCUCCACCAAGGUCCUCAGGGAGCUGGUGCCGACAGGUGUGCAACUCAGCCACACUCCGUCCGCGUGCUGCCCCCCACAGCACACAGAUGCACCCCCUCCCUCUCUCCCUCCCGAGGUGGCGUCCACAGGUCCUGGGACUAACUCUGCAGGAGACGGAGAACAGCAAU